CCACAUUGACCUGUGAGCAACACAGCUGCAGCAGCAGGAUCGUUCCCUGUUGUGUCUCUGGCCUCACUGCAGAUCAGGUCGAAGAAGCUCAUGGAUGUUUCAAGUCCCAGGACUGAAGCUUCGUCAAUGGAGCCUAGUUCUAAGAUUUUUUGCUGCAGAUCCGUGAGACGUUGUAUCCCUCUGGUAUAUAGACAGGAGCUCUACAACAUCCUGCGCAUGACCGGACCCCUGGUUGCAUCGCGCAUUCUGAAUUAUCUCCUGCCGUUUGUCAUAACAAUGUUUUGUGGUCGCCUGGGAAACAGUGAGCUGGCUGGUUAUGGAAUGGCUUCAGCUACGAUAAACAUAACAACUGCAGCUACAGGUGGAGGUCUUGCGCUGGCAGCUGACACACUUAUCUCUCAGACCUUUGGUGGGAAGAACCUGUGCCGUGUUGGCAUCAUCUUGCAGAGAAGUGUCCUGAUCCUCUUGCUCUUCUGUUUGCCCUGUUGGGCUCUGCUCAUCAACACACAACCCAUCCUUCUUCUGCUGGGUCAAGACCCAGAGGUGGCCAGGAUAGCUCAACUCUAUGUGGUCUGUUACCUGCCAGCAGUCCCAGCUAUGUUUUUGCAUCAGCUGCAAGUAGCCUAUCUCCAGAACCAGGGUGUGAUUCUGCCUCAGAUGUAUGCAGCCAUUGCAGCCAACAUUGCUAAUGUGGUGACAAACUACAUCCUUCUCAACUGGUUGAACCUUGGGUUAUAUGGAUCUGCUGCUGCCAAUACCAUAUCUCAGAUCUAUAUUUGUGUUUUCCUCUAUUUAUAUAUUCGCUGGAAGAAGCUCCACAUUCAAACAUGGGGAGGCUGGUCAUGUGACUCACUGCAGGAGUGGGAUGGAUAUAUGAAACUGGCCAUCCCCAGUACCAUGAUGCUCUGCUUCGAGUGGUGGAUUUAUGAGGCUGGAGGGUUCUUAGCAGGGAUGCUGGGAGAGUUGGAUCUUGCAGCUCAACAUGCAGUCAUUAUGCUGGCUUUUAUCAACUACAUGUUUCCAUUAGGGAUUCAAGGUGCCGCAUGUGUACGUGUUGGCAAUGCACUUGGAGCUGGAGAUAUGGCCGGAGCGAUCCGCACCAGCAAGGUCUCGCUGACCUGCACAGCUGUCUUGGCUGUUUUGCAAGGUCUUGUGCUAGUGUCAACAAAAAACGUCAUUGGUUUCUUAUUUACAUCAGACGAGCGUAUUGUGGCACUCGUCUCCAAAAUUUUUAAUGUCUACUGUGUGCUUCAGUUCUUUGAUGGUCUUGUUUGUGUCUGCAUGGGUAUUCUGUUGGGAUCAGGGCAGCAGAAGAUUGCAGCCGUUGCUAAUUUCUUUGGGUAUUACUGCAUUGGACUUCCACUUGGCACCUCUCUCAUGUUUGCAGCAAAAUUAGACGUUGUUGGCUUUUGGCUGGGACUUCUAAUUUGUGUAUGUCUGCAGUCCAGUUUUUUCAUUGCAGUCAUUUUUAGACUCAACUGGGAGAGAGUGACCAAAGAGGCAGUGAAACGAGCUGGAAAGAGUAAAAUCUCUACAGUGUACCCUGAUAGUCUCACUGCGAGGCACAGUGAGAAUGGGGAAGAGUAUAUAACUGUGAACUCAAAUGAUCAGGAUGGAGAGCCAGACGUGACUCGCGUGGAGGAAAAGCCCACAGCUCUGCUCUCUACCUCUCAGCUGAUCCUCAGGAGGGGUCUGACCACCCUCGCUGCUCUUCUCAUCCUAGCUGUAGGGAUAGCCAUCCAUCUCAUUGUGCCUUUACCUGAUGUGUCUUAUGCUCUAAGGUCAAAUACUACUUUGGAAUCAAACUUUACCACGCCGUCAACUCUCAUUCAUUCAACUUCAAUCUCAAUCUGAAAACAAGAG